AACUGUAGUGGUUUGACUGUGAUUCAGCAAAACGUAAAGCAUAAUUAUGGACAGAUCAUGAGUGGGAUGUAAAGGAUCCUAAAAGACAUAUGGCAAUUAGACUGAAGAAAGAGCCUUCAUUAUUGGUUUCCUUUCAUACACCAUAUAAAAAAGAGAAAGCUUUAUAUGAAAGAUUCAAGUAAGGACAUAAUUGGUGAUUCAGAGCACCAUGAAAGGCACCAAGGAAGAAAACUUUCUGAUUCAAAGAUAAUUCAUGAAGAUAACAGGGAGGGUCCACCAGAUGAAAGCUGUGACUUAGAGGUUAUAAAAGGAAUAGAAGAAAUUUACUACAGUGAAGCGGAUUUUGAUAUGAUAGCAUAUGAAUUAAAUAACAUGCCUCCUGUCAUUGAAAUGAGCAAGCUUGAUGAAUACCGGGAUUUUCUGCGUAAGCAGUCAUACGCGGUAACAAGAGAGCUAUCAAGGAAAAUUUUGAAAAAUCAAGCAGCAUACGUUCGAGAAUUAGAAAGAGUUAUCGAUCUUCAGUCGAGUCUUCUCAAAGCCACCAGUAUUUGCAGCAAAGGAAGAAGCCAUUUGUCACGUGCUAAAGAAGAAGCCACCAUGAGAGUUCUUACUGUGCUUUCAAAGCAUCGAAGGAAGGUGCUCCUUCUAAACUUGAUGAAAUCCCUCCGUUUUAUCAAGACUCUACAGCAAACCGAUGUUCGCUUGAAAGAGCUUUUGGAGGAGAACAAUUAUCCAACUGCAAUUCAGAUUUGUUUGGAAUGCCAAAAGGCAGCAGAAACAUUUCGGCAAUAUGUUUGCAUUAGGGAGCUGAGCUCAGACCUUCAGGAGACGUUAGACCAAAUUGAGGAACAACUAGACGUCGCCCUUUCAAAAGUUUGCAACGAUUUCAAUGAAAAGCAGUAUGAAAAGUUGCAAUCUGCCUAUAUGUUAUUGGGGAAAACACAGACAGCCAUGGACCAACUCCAAAUGCAUUAUCUGAAUACAAUAAACAAUGUGGCAUUGCAAGUGAUAUCAGAUCAUUUAACACUCACAAAUGCGAUGCCCAGUCAACAUGAAGAUCUCAAUUUCUCUUCUCUUUGCAAAAGUAUGCAACCAGAACAGUUUUAUGCAUGCUUGAUCGAUCUAUGCAAGCAUUUCUGGGUUGUGAUCGCAAGUUACAGACAGGCAAUGCAAUGGCAUAUCAACUUCGACGAAUCUCUCGAGCAAAAGAAGCAGGAUGUUGUUGUUGUGAGGUCGCCGGUGACUAGUGGGUCAGAAGAUGACGCAGAAAAGCCCAACGGUGACAACAAAGUGAAGCACAUGUUCGACCGUCAGUAUGUAAAGAGCAAGUUGGACCAAGGCCUCAACAGAAUUUGGCAGGACAUUCAACAGAAAGUCAAGACAUUGGUUUUGGCCACAGAUCUCGCCUACUUCAAAUACGAUGAUUUCAUUCGUGUCCUCGAUGUGCUAAGUCGCCUGAUAAGCAUUGGUGACGAGUUUUGUAACAGUAAAUCGCAAAGUUUGCAAGAGUGCAUUCGCAUCCAAACAAUCAAUUACUUCAAAGCCUAUCACAGAGCCACUCUUGAUGAAUUGAAGAUGUUUCUAGAAAAUGAAGUUUGGGCCUUAUGCCCUGUGCAGACGAAUUUUGGAAUUUUUUCUCUACCGGAGUUCGACUUCAUGCGACCGUCACUAGCUUUGAAAAAGAGUCAGCAACACACAACCUCGGAACCAAAAAAACCCGACACAGGGUUUUUUGCAGCCUUCAAAAGCGACGGAAAGACUCCAUUCGAUGAUCUCCUUGUUACUGAAUGCACGAAACAAGAAACUGAACAGGAUCGGGCCCAGGAUCGACAAAAAGAAAUUGAAAGGAUUUAUGGGUACAAUGAUGAAGACGAUCUUGAUGAUGAUGAUGACGAGCCAGAUGAACUGAAGUUGGAUUAUGUCGACGAAAAAACGGGCGAUGAAGCAGAAAGCAGGCCUAUGCAGAGUACACGGCCGAACAAGAAGAUAUCAAAAAACAGUCCUAUCAUUUCUAAUACAACUCUUAAUGUUCUGCGCUCAUUUGGAAAGUACAUGCAGAUGAUGUCAGUGCUGAAACCAAUUGCAUUUGAUGUUGUCAUUUGCAUGUCACAGUUGUUUGACUAUUAUUUAUUUGCCGUGUACUCUUUCUUCGCAUCCAGAUGGUCUGAUGCAACAGUGGAUGUCGAUGCAAACUCGAAUUCUGGGUUGAGCAGCAAAUUGACCAUGUCUCUCAAACGGAUUUCAAAUAACAUCAUAUUAAAGAAGGAUGGAGUGUUGAAUCAAGGCGAUCUGAAGAUACCACCGCCAUCUUUGUCGCCAAUGGUAGAUCUGUCGAACCCCAAAGAUCUGUAUGGUCUACACCACAGGGUUGUUGCCAUGGAAUCGCUGGUAUUUCUCGCGAAGCAGUUGAAGGCAUUACAUAGUCAUCUAGACUCGCUCAUACCUGUAAACAAGAGAGCAUUCUUGUCUCAAUUUUUUUCUCAGACUGUCGACGUGACUGAAGAGCUGAGAACGCCAGUGUACAAAGCUGUUGCAGAUUUAGCUAUCCCUUUUGAUCAGACAAUUCAGUCGAUGUCUUUGGUGAGGUGGGAUAUUAAAGAAAUUAUGUCACAGCAUAGCAGAUAUGUCGAUGAUCUCAUAAGGGAAUUCCAACUUUUGUCUAACAGUCUUAACUCCACUUCAAGCCUUGUCCCGAUUCCAGAGGAAGUGAACGUGAUAAUAUGGACACACGUUGUUUACAUGUCAAAUAGAACGUUUGUUGAAGGAUUUGCAAAUGUCAAGAAAUGCACAAAUGAAGGACGAGCAUUGAUGCAACUCGAUUAUCAACAACUAUUGAUAAAACUUGAAAGAAUCGCCCCAGUAAGGCCAAUCCCUGGUCGCGAACUCGUUGAGAGCUUCGUUAAGGCAUUUUAUUUGAACGAGCAAGACCUGGAAAGAUGGUUAAAAGAACAUCCUGAAUACUCCCUUCGCCAGCUGCGAAAUCUAGUCACCUGUGGUACUGGUUCGCAUAUUACUAAAAAGACCAAAAACAGGCUGUUGGAUAUUCUUGAAGAUUCUGAAAGAUCCAAGAGCAAGUGAAACAUUUAAAUGCCUGUCUAGUGUUGUAUUUCUCAUAAUUUUUUCUGAAUCUUAAGAUAUCGUCUAUAUAAAGCAAGACCAAGAUUUUGGUUUAAUUAAUCUUAAGGAUAAUCAAAUAUUGAUAUUAAAUUGACUUGGUUAUGGAGUUAAUUGUUGAAAAUUUGCUUGCAACCUACCUUGCCGAGAAGCUAUUUUUUAAUUUUUUGGCAACUUGAUAAUUCCCAGAUGUUUAAGAAAAUCAGUUUGAAAUAUGAAACACGUCAAGCAGGCUUCGAUAAGUAAAUCUCCAAUCAGCUUGUUUGUUUCCUUGGAAAUGUAAAAGGGUGAUUUGCUUGGAAAUGUAAUUUGAUUUCAAGUAAUGUGCUACGAACGAACGUGUUUAAAAAGUUUUGACCAGCUUUAUUUAAAGGAUUGCCAUAUAGCUGCAAGUUCCCAUUCUGUAAAAUUGUAAUAUCAAGGAUGCAUAUAACCGUACCGAAUAUAUUUCAAUGCAUAACGUGUUUUAUUGAUGUUUGUACCACAUCAAGAAGCAUGCAUGAAGCGAGGUUUAUUUAAGGUUUAGCUAUCAAGAUUUAGCUCGACUGUCUUCGCAUGUUGUUUUCAAUUUCUGGAAACAACCAAAGCUUGAUGGGAGCAACAUCCUCUGCAUACCGUAAGCAGCGCUCCCCGCUUUUGUAGUCAUCGUUGCUUUGGGCGUUUGUGCCAAGUACAUAUGCUUUCGGUCAGUUAUUUUUAUUACUUUAUAGUUACUGAUAAGAUGUUUUUUGGUACUUUUUCAAACAUUAAGUGUUGGCUAAUGCUUGUUUUAUAUACAUAAUGUUCCUUAAUGUUAAGUUAUGCCGAAUUUAAUUCUUAAUUUUCAGAAUUGUUUUAUUUAAAAUUUCAGAAAAUUAAAUGAUAUAGAAAUUUCUGCGGUCAAAUUCCAUGUGGAAAUUAGUCUUUGAUUAUCAAAAUUUUAGUUGCAAUGUCAAUGAA